AUGUCCUUCUCUCAGUUCGGAUACCCCUACAGCACCACUUCACAGUUCUUCGUGCCCGCCAGCCCCAGCACGACCUGCUGCGAGGCCGCCCCCCGCUCCGGGCCGGAUGCCUCCUCGGCGCCGGCCGCCGCCUCCCUGUGCUGCGCCCCGUACGAGAGCCGGCUGCUGGCGCCCGGCCGCGCCGAGCUCAAUGCGGCGCUGGGCAUGUACAGCGCCCCGUACGCCGCCGGCCAGGGCUACGGCAACUACCUGCCCUACGGUGCCGAGCCCGCCGCGCUCUACACCGCGCUGAACCCCCAGUAUGAAAUCAAAGACGGCGCCGGCACGUUGCACUCGGGAAUCGCGCAGCCCGCUACCUACUACUCCUACGAUCAUUCCUUGGGGCAGUACCAGUACGACAGGUACGGGACGGUGGAUUUCGGUGGUUCAGCCAGACGCAAAAAUGCAACGCGAGAGACGACGAGUACUCUCAAGACCUGGCUGUACGAGCACCGCAAAAACCCCUACCCCACCAAAGGAGAGAAAAUCAUGCUGGCUAUCAUCACUAAAAUGACCCUGACGCAAGUGUCCACUUGGUUUGCUAACGCCAGACGGAGGCUUAAGAAAGAAAACAAAAUGACCUGGUCUCCCAAGAACAAAGCCGGGGAAGAGAGGAAAGAAGAAACCCCGAGGGAAGAGGAUGAAUACAGUGCGGAAGGUGAAGGCAGAGAGCAGAAGAGCUACAAGGAGGACAAGGACCUGCGCUUCAGCGACCUGGAGGAGGAGGAAGAGGAGGAGGAGGAGGAGGAGGCGGGGAAGCCGGAGAAGGGCCGGACCAGCUCCCUGCAGGAAGCCCCCAGCCUGGGCGCGGCGCUGCCCGAGGCUCCGCGGAGCGACUGCAGCCUGCCCGGCCCCUUCCACGCCUUUCCUUGUGCCAAGGCCCCCGCCGCGGACUUCGCCCCCGCCUCCUUGGCCGGCCCGCCGCCGCCCUACGCGCCCGCGGAGAAGCCGCGCAUCUGGUCUCUGGCGCGCACCGCCGGGGCCAGCGCGGCGCGCAGGGGCAGCCCCGAGGGCCGCGGCGCGGAGGGAGGCGGCGGCGCGGCGGGGGAGCAGCCCCUGCCCGCCAAGGCCUUCCGGAGCUCCGCUUUCAACCUGCAGCCGCUCCCGCGGAGCUGCGCGUCCCACCGCGGCCUGGGGGAGCCGUGCCAGUUCGCGGCGGCGGGCGAAGGCUUCGGGCGGGGCGCCAAGGGCGGCCCGGGAGGCACCGAGCUGGGUGGGACGUGCCUGGACAGGCUGCGGACGGCGUUCCGGCCCGUGCUGCGGAGGUGA